AUGUCUCCUGCGUCAAUCCCUAGUCACCAGCCCACGUCCUCGGUAUUAGCAGACCUGGAACUCGCGGGAAGAGUUCAGCAGAUGACAGCCAGCGUGGCGGACCAGAUUGUGAAGGACUCGGCGAAUCGCGCGAGCUACGCGGAAACGCGACUAAUUGUUCUGGAGAAAACGCUGGGGUCCGUGAAGGACCAAGCAGCUUCGAUGCUGGAGAGAAUGCAGCUUAAAGCGGACGUUAAGACCAAGCAGCUGCAGCAGGAGCUGGAGGAGAAAAAGAAGCAGACAGAGGAGCUAGAGGCCAGACUGAAGACUCUCGAAGCACAGAACGCAGCAGCAGCAGCAUCUGGAGGCGUUACUACUACCCUUCCUCUUACCACCGCCACCACCACCGCGGCUGCCACUGUUGCUUCGGCGAUCCCCAUCACUUCACUUUCCACCCGUCCUGCUCCAUCACCAAUCAAGCUGCUUCACUCCUCCAGCUUCGGAGCGUCAGGCAAGUCUGGCUUGGCCCUACGCCUCCCUUCCUUCUACUCCCUCGGAGCCCCGCUUUCCCCAACCGGACGGGGAGGAUCGACGCUUUGCUCGGGGGCCAGUAGGAUCGGGGCGGGGGUUUCAGGUUCAGCAGGGGGAGGAGGGGCCAUGGGUAGGGGAGGGAACAGCAGCGGUGGUGCAUUGGCGGCGUUAGGGUUUGGUCGGGGGGGGAUCACUCCUGCGGUGGCUGCUCUCUCCGGAAUGCCGACCACUCCUGCUGAUCCGUGUGAGGCGUUUCCAAGCAGUCGCAGCGAUGGCAAUGCGAGCGGCGGCGGUGGGUUUGGUGGAGAUGCUUCGACGCGGGUUGCUCUCUUCACGUCUCAGGACGACGGCUGGGCGGGCAGAAACGGAUCUGUGCCAUACGGUGCUGGUUCCGGUGCUGGUGCUGGCGGUGCUGGUGGUGGUGAGGCCUGGCUGGGAGAUGGAGCAGUGACAGUGCCUGUGGAAGCUAUAGACAACACCACGUACCUCACCUGGGCUGCUCAACGCCAGCACACUCGCAGCUACAGCCUUCAUCUCGUAGGCAGCGGCGUGCCUCCACCUCCUCCCUCUCCCCUUCCUCCUCUUCUCCCACCCCCUCUUCCCCCUCCUCCUCUUCCUUCUCCGCCUCCUCUGCAAUUCCAACCCACGCUUGUUGGAGAUUUUCCUUCUGCUGGUGCUGCUGCUGCUUCUGCUGCUGCUGCUGCUGCCGUUUCUGGCGUUCGGGCAGCAGCAGUGGCUGCAGGCGCGAGGGUUCUAGGCUCCUCCGGAAACCUUCUUCCCGGGGGUAGAUCCGGCCCCUCAUCCCCUGCUGUGAUUCCCCACCCCCGCGCGCUUGGCUUCGUGACUGUUGACGAAGCCCCUCUAGAGGCCUUUGACACUGCUCCCCAGCAGGUAACACCAGUUCAAAAUCUGGUUCCUCCCCACCCUCGCGCGCUUGGCUUUGAAGCUGCUGAAGACGCCACUCGGAAAACACUGGAACAGUCGUUUCAGAGGGACACAAUGACCCAAAGUGACGCCUUUCAAAGAGAUGCGCUUCAAGGAGUAGGGGAGGGUUAUGCGAGGGAAACGGCGUUUGGAUCCGAAGUGGUUUUUGAUGGGCAAACAGCGUCUCAGACGGGGGUUUUUCAAAGGGAGGGUCCUCACCCUCGCUUGCUUGGUUCUGUGCUUGUAGCUGAUGCUUCGCUGACGGCAGCAGGGAGUGGGGAGGGGGAUGCUGGCUGGUACGGUGCGGCAGCAGCAGCGUCGGCAACAGGGUCGGCAUUAGCUUCGGGGUCAGCAGUGCCAGCUGGCAUCCCAGGCUCUUCUCCAAUAGCAGUAUGGCACAGCAGCGGUAGCCGUUUACCCAGUGGCGCGGCUGCUGCUGCUGCUGCAGUAGAGGCAGAAAUAGGAGUGGCUUCUGCUGCUUCUGCUGCUACUGCUGCUGCUGCUGCUGCUGCUGCUGCUGCUGCUGCUGCUGCUGCUGCUGCUGCUGCUGGUGCAGCUGGUGCUUUUGCGAAUGGUAACACAGAUCCUGCUGGUGCUGCUGCUGGGAGUGCUGUUAAAGCGCCAAAAAAAACCCCGAUGAAAUCAAACCAAGCAAAAACACAAGCCGUUUCAGUUGAGGGCAAGGGCGUGAAAGAGGGGAAGAAGGGAGGUUCAGGUGAAGCAGGACAGGGUGCGGACGACAGAGGGGAGGAGGAUGGGGAGGGGAACGAGAUGGAUCCCGCAGAACUGCUGCUUGUGGCAGCUGCAGUGCAGGGUUUGGCUGGUAGGGUGGAGAACGGAGGGGGAGGAGGGGUGGAAGGGGGGGGCAGAAUGGAGGAGGAAGGAGAAGGUGAGCCUGGGGAGGUCAGUGAGGUGGAGAGUGAGGGGGAUGAUGGGGAGGAGGAGGAGCAGAAGGAGGAGGAGGAAGACGAGGAGGUGGAGGAGGGAAAAGAGGAAGAGGAGGAGGACGAGGAGGAUGAAGAGGAGGAAGAGGAGGAUAGAGAAGAGAAGGAGAAGAAGGAGGAGGAGAAGGAGGAAAGGCACGACAAGGAGGCAGGGAAGGAGGAGGAGGGGGAAAAGGAGGAGAAGCAGGGGAAGCAAGCUAGGUGGCGACACCAGAGAAGGAAGCAGAGAAGCUCAGCAGUAGCGAGACCAGAAGCUGACACGACAGCUGCAGCAGUAGAAUCCAGUGCAGCAGAAGCGAGAGCAGUAGAAGCGAGAGGCUCAAAAUGGCAAACAGCAGAAGCUGGAGCAGCAGUGGCAGCAUCGGCUGGAGCAGCCCACAAGAGCAGUGAGGAGAGAGGAGGUGUGGUGGAGGCAGGGGGCAGGGCAGUCAGGAAACAACCUGUGAAGCAGCCUUUGAAGCGGCCUGUGAAGCGGAAACGGACAGAUUUGGUGGGGGACAUAGGCAACAGUGAGCCGGAGGAUUUUCAGACGUCCAAAGCAGGACGUAUUUCAGCAAAGCGAGCUUCCAGCCCCUUAAGAGGUCAGGGUGAUGGUGAUGCUGGUUACCACACUGGUGGUGGUGGUGGUAACCCUAUCCCGAAGGCCAAGCGCCCAGGCCAAGGCAGGGAAAAGCAAACAGGAGUGGAAGGAGUGGAAGCGAUGGAGACUGGAAUGCAGGAGGAUGAAGAGGGAGAGACGAAGGAGCCGAGGGGUGUUGAGGCGCCUCGAAAAACACAGGAGGAAGAGGAGAGGGAGGCUAUGGUUUUGAGGAUUUUGCGUGGUCAGGGAAGCAUCAAAGGGAAAGGGAGUGUGGCGAAGCGACCGGUGAGUGUGGCGAGUAUGGAAAAGAAUGCAGCGAAGGGGGAAAAGAGUGCUAUUGGGAAGAAACGAGGCAGAGGCAGUGAUGGCGAUGGAGAAGAGGAGGUAAAGGAGGGCCCAGGUGGGAAGGAGAAGGAAAUAGAUGCGGAGAUGCCAGGGGAGGAAAUGGAGGAAGGGGAGGAGAGGGAGGAUGGGGAGGAAACAGAGGAAAGGGAGGAAGGGGAGGAAAGGGAGGAAGUGGAGGAAAAGGGGAAACGGGAGCCUGAAGGGGUUACCAAUAAGGAAAGUGUCCAGAAGGAAGUCGGAGAAAGUGGGAUACAGCAGCUGGGGCAAGGGUCAGGGCUACAGGCAGGGCUAAGGAAGGGGCACGUGGAGGGGCACGAGGAGGGGCAUGUGGAGGAGCAUGUUGCAGGGCAUAGGGAAGGGGAUAGGCCUUCAGCAAAGAGGACGGUGGGGCAGGAAACAGCAAGGAUGGUGCGGCAGGAAGCAGGGAGCGUGGCAGUACGAGAAGAGGCAGAGACUGGGCUUAUGGCACUCGGGCAGAUGGGAAAGUUCCGCGUGAAUUCCGUUGCUGCUGCUGCUGCUGUUGCUGGUGGUGGUGUUGCUGGUGGUGGUUCUGCUGCCGCAGCUGGGAAGGAAUCUAUGAGUUCUGCUAGUGCUGCUGCUGGUGAUGGUGCGAUGCUGGUCAGAAUUCCCGCUAGCAAGAGUACGGGUGGAGAGAGCCAGAGGGGAGUUCGAGGGGGAAGCAGUGUGAGGGGGGUGAGUAGGGGUCGAGGACGGGGGGCUGGUGGGUCUGACCGCGGGGCCAGGGGAGGAGGCGGACUGACGGGGAGAGGAGGGAGAGGGGAGAGAGGGGGCCGAGUUGGGGGGGGAGGCGGCAGAAGAGGCAAGGGAGUGAUUACUGGUGUAGGGAUCGAGGCUGUGAGUGACUCGGGUGAGUUGGGAAACGGUGGGGAAGCGGGGGACGGAGCGGGAAGGAGGGCAGCAACUGAAGGAGGGGCAGGGGUGGGAGCGUCAGGAGGAGCAAGGGCAGCGGAUGGGGUAGGGAGCAAGGAAGGGGGCGGGCAUUCAGGAGGGGAGAAGGCAGCUGGUGAGAGUGGUGGUGCUACGGGAGGAGCAGGGCAGGAGGCAGGGAUAGGCACCCGGCACAGCCAACGGCUCGGAGGCAGGCAGAUUUCUGCUCGCCACCGAAAUUCCCCGCCACCCACCCACCUCACGGAUCCUCCCCUCCCUUCCCAGCAGCACUCCGCUUCGCGUUCUUCGAUCUCCACUUUUCGCAACGCGUCGCGUGUUCGCGUGACAUUUAAUCAAAAACAAUCUGUGAAAGACGGCGGUUUCUUCUUCAAGGAUGAGAAGCUGCUAACAAAGGAGCUGGGCACGCGCAAGAAAGCAAGGAGGGCGCUCAGGGCUUUUGCGUGCGUCCCGUCCGCUUGGAAGGCGAAAUUGAUGGCGCCAAUCACGGGGGAAGAGUUCCUAGCGGAGUCGGCCUUCGUGAAGAAGAAGGGCCUGGCGAGUGCCUGGAAGGCGGAGAAAGUGGUGCAGGAUGGCCUUGCCUGCCGAGCGUGUGACUGGUUUGGCGUGCCCCUGGUGGGGGUGGCGGAGACAACUGCGGUUCUCCCCCUGGACAAGGUGGAGCCGUUGAUGGUGAGGGGCGGAAGGGUGAUUGGAGCGGGUGGCCUCCCCGAGGUACGGAUGCGCUGCUCAGAGCUCUGCAUGGAGGAUCAGGUCCCCCCCCUCAGGCAGCUGAGGUUGCUUUUUGGCGCGCAGCAAAGGGUGAUGCAGCAGCAGGAGAAGUGGUCGGAUGAGUGGGGAAGUGUGAUUGACUGGAAGAGGGUCAUCAGGGUGCGGGACUCCGCAGUGCUUCCGAACCGAGCCCGGGAUGUUCUGCUUCGCCUGCAUUGUCGUAAUCUCCAAGUCGGGGUGCGGCUAAAAUUCCUGGAGGGGAUGGCAUGCCCGCACUGUGGGGAGGAGGAGACAGCGGAGCACUGGCCGUACACGUGUCGCAAGUGCGAGCAGCGCUACCCCUCGCUGCACGCACUCAGUCUUCAUCACAAGAACGCCCACGCGUCGCCAGGCUUCGAAGGCGCCGUUGGUAUCGCCGUUGAAGGCGCCGCUGAUUGCGGCGUCCGAGGCGCCAGUUCAGCGAAUAAACGCAAUGCCAGAUAUGAAACCCUUUCUCCAGCAGUGACGGCGGCGACAGCGGUUGCGAGGACAGCGAAGGCGAAGGCGACGGCGGCGACAUCGGCAGCGAUCACCGUGAAGACGACGGCGACGCCAGCUGCGAAAGCCAGUGCACUGAAGGCAACUGCGAUGCGACUAGCGACACGCGAAGAUGGAGGUGCUCCGAGCCGCUCCACAGAGAAGCACUCGAAUAUCGUCGACGCGCUCCGAGCGCGUAAGUCCCGGCUACCAGCUGCGCAGGCUGCGCCGCCGGCUGCGGCGACGGCUGCGGCGACGGUAGCGCCGACGGCUGCGACGACGGUUGUGGCGGCGGGAACGGUUGCGACGGAAGAAGCACCGGCGGGGAUUCCGCGAUGCGGGAAGCGAGCUCGCGACAAUCGCAACGAGAAGGUUCCUGGAGCUUUCGCGUACGCCGUCAACCCUUCUUCUCGCGCCGCUAAAAGAGUCGCGCGUCGGUUCUACGCCUUAAUCGACGCCGCAACUGCCGCCGCAACAGACGCUGACGAAUUCGCUGAAGCUCCCAUACUGGAAUCGUCGUUUGUGGAACGUGCGCUCCUGCCACGUGUCACAAGCCCCGCGGCUUGCGCCGCGGAUAUCGCCGUCGACGCAGCAGCAGCUCUGGUGGAGCUUAAAACCACAAGUAACGCAUCAGCUCCUCCCUCCCCCGUUUCUCUCGCCUCCACCGUUUCCCGCGCGGUUUCUGCCACUGCUCAAGUUCCUCCCACUAGUUCACCCCCUGCUGCUUCCGCCUCCGCCGCCGCCCCUGCUAGGGGGCGCGCAGACUUUCGUGUGUCGUCGUCGCCCGCGUCUCCCGCGACGUCAGCAGUCACGGGAACCCCCCGCAUUGCUGCGGCCGCUUCGCACGCGCGGUGCAAUGUCGGAAGGUUCCCUGUGUCCGCUCAGCCUGAGAGAAUCGACACUUCUGCCACGCACUCUCUCAACUCCGCAGCUGCGCCGCUCGCGCUUCAGCUCUCAGCCGCCGCGUAUGCCCUCCGGGCCUCUGCUUCGGCAACCAGACCUGCAGGCUCGGCAGCAGCUGCAGCUUCGGAAGCAGCGGGAGGGGGGGAGACUGAGCUUCGGAACACUCUGAUUGCGACUCUGCUGGACAGAUUGACGCCAUGCAUCGUGGCGGGGAGUGGGUGCGAGCCGCCUCUAGCUCUUCAGCCACCUUUCCCUCGUCGGGGAGUGAGACUCGCGGCAAUCUCGAGGGUCAUGGAAGUAUGGAUUAUGGGCUAG